CUCGACUGGUCUGGUCACUCGAAAAUCACAUCGGACGAAAUCGAGUGGAAAGCGGAGCAAGUAAAACAAGAAGUAGAGUAAAAUACACAACUAAUUAAUUGUAAUUUGGCCGAAAGUGCAGACGGUGCGCGCGCGAUCGCUUGAUUGUAUUGUGAAUCAUUAGUAAUUAAAGCAGCUUUGCAAAAUUAAAACGAAAUCAUAAAUAUACAAAAAGGAAGCAACAAAAAAGUUUAAAAGAAAAUCGUCAGAAAGGGAGAAGAAAAUCUUCCUGGUUUUUGAUGAUUUACGUUAACCCAUCGAUGGAUCAGCAAGAGCAGUUAGUAGCAGUACUAUGGUAAUAUCGAUCGGUACGAUGGGCCUCGUGCCGCAGCCACAUCGAAAAUUUGCAACCUAUCGUAGGAUGUAAAGGAAUAUCCCCGAAGAGAAGAACCGCAAGGCGAAUAUCAGAUAGUGGAUAAAUAGUUUAGAAAAUAGAAGAGGCGAACCAGGGGUGAAGCGCCACCCCACCCACCGUCACACAAAUGAGGGUGCCACCAACAGGUUGACCACCAAAAAAAAAAAAACCCCAAAAAAUAAGCAAAAUAACGUAGUAAUAAAAAAAAAGCCAACCGCACGACAAAUAGAAAAGGCAAAAACAACCGAAACCACCAAGCCAGCCACCGAAAGAGAUAUAGCGCUAAAACAGAGCGAGAGGAGAGUGUGUAAACAGAAAAAGGCGAAGCACAACACACAAAAAUUCAAAGAGAAAUAAACCCGAAAACACACACAACACCCCCUUCAAACCACAGUAUCCCGCAACAAAAUGUUACAAAACUCGAACGGCGCUGCCGCAGCGCAUUCGGCAGCCUCAGCGGUGGCGACUCCGGCAGCGGCGGCAUCCGCAGCAGCAGCAGCUGCUGCAGCGGCGGUGGCUGCAGCGGCCAACAACGCCGCCCUGGCCGCCUCCUCCAUCCAGCCCAAGCUCAUCGUCAUCCGCCGGCGACCCAACCAGGGAUUCGGGUUCACGCUGCGCCACUUCAUCGCCUAUCCGCCGGAAGAUGACCAGGCAUCAUCAUCCGCAUCGGGUUUGGUAUCGGGAUCGGCGACAGCAGCAACGGCGGCAUCGGUAUCGACCAACUGGCCACAGGAAGCCUCCAGUGCGGCGGGCAGCAACAGCGGCAGCAGCAGCAGCGUCGGCGUCGCUGGGAUCACCGGUUUGGAGCCAACGUCGCCGACGUCGCUGCCGCCGUACCAAGUGAAAGCGAUGGAGACCAUUUUCAUCAAAGAGGUGCAGGCGAACGGACCGGCCCACUACGCCAACCUGCAGACGGGCGACCGCGUGCUGAUGGUCAACAACCAGCCGAUCGCUGGCAUCGCCUACAGCACCAUCGUCUCGAUGAUCAAGCAGACGCCGGCGGUCCUCACGCUGCACGUGGUGCCCAAGGAGUGCGAUGUCCUGCAGAUGCACUAUACGAGCAUUGCCCACACGCCGGAGUCGAAUCGCCUGACCAUGUCGACGCACUCGCCCUCGCUGCUGGCCAACGGCUCCCACAAGACCACAUUUCCAGCGGCGGCAGCAGUUGCAGCACCACCGCAUCAGCAUCAGCAGCAGCAGCAACAGUUGAUCUCAUAUCCCGCUGUUGCAGCCGUGACCACAUCAACGCCGGCAGGAUCGCCGCAAUCCCAAUCCCAAUCCCAAUCGCACUCGCACCCCAACACCCAUCAUGCACCAUCCCUGCACGGAGGCAGUCGAUCGGGCAGCAUCACCAGCACGGCCAGCGGAGGCAUCACCGUCCUCAGUCAGCCGUUCUACCCACAGCAGCAGCAGCAACAGCAACAGCAGCAGCAACAUCGUCAUCCAGCGCUGACUGGCGGCAGCAGCAGCAUCGAUUUCGGGGACAUGGCACAUGGACUGCGCCAGCAUCAGCAGCAGCAGCAACAUCUGUACCAGCAGCAGCAACAGCAUCACCAGUUUAUGCGUGCUAAUCAGCCGCCAAAUUUAACAGUAUUAUCGGCCAGCUCGGCAACGAACACGCCCACACCCACCGCCCGCCAGCCCAAGUCCGCGACGAGCCACAAUCAGGCGUUGUAUGCAGUCGGAGCGGGUCCGAGCUCAGCAGCUGGAUCUGGGUCGGGAUCCCUUUCGGGGGGCAGUGAGAACAGCGACCUUAUGAUCCGACUGCGCGAGUCCAUCAAGCAGAAGGAGGAGUUCCUUAAGUCGCCGGUGCCCGCCUCCAUGAGCUCCGCCUCCUCUAUCAACGGCAACCAGGCGCAGUCGUCAUCGCCGGCACAGCAGCAACACCUGCAGCAGCACCAGCAGCACUUCUUUCCCUCGCACACGCCGCCAGGUGGUGUCCAAGUGGUGGUGCCUCCACCGCGCAGUCGCCAUCAAGUGAUGCUCAAGCAGCAGCAGCAGCAACAGCAGCAGCACCAGCAACAUCAUGUCCUUGGCUACGACAUGUACCACUCCGGUGGUAAGCUGGUGCAGCGGUCUUCCACGGCGCCUGGCAGUGUGUGCCACCAACACCAGCAGCAGCAGCAGCAUCACCUCUAUCACCAGCAGCAACAUCAGCAGCUCCAGCAGACGCAACAUCGCCAGGUGAUGAUCAACAACAAUGCCAAGUACGCCAAGGAUCUGGACUAUUUUGAGACGUUGCAGGAGACAGGAGUCACCAAUAAGGUCUUUGAGCGCAAGCUGGUGUCACACAUGUCCAAGGGAUUCGAUCCGUUUAAGCCGCUGUCGAUCAACACCAGUGCCCUGGAGUCGUCUGCCAGCACGUCGAGCACUUCGGCCACCACGACGGUGAAGAAGCAAAGUGUGCUGUAUGAAUCCCUGCAGCAGCAUCCAUUGGCCAAGUACCAUCAGACGCAGCAGCAAACGACAACGACGACGACGGUGGAUGGACAGACGAGUAGCCGGAUGGAGCUGCACAAGGCGACCCUGGCGAAUGCCACCAUCGAUCCGGUGCCAGUUGGAUCCAGCAAGUUUGUGACGCUGCCGGAUAAGCCGGAUAAGGGUUCCUCCGUUGCCACCUUGGCGGACAUCGCCGAGAGCAGUGCAGCAGCCAUUGUGGACAGUGCGUCGGGAAGCGGCAACGUUGUGCGGCGCUACAAGCCAUUAUCCUCCAGCUCCUUUGACGAAGGCAAACCAAUGCGUAGGAUAUCCUACCUGCGGGCAACCAACAAUGAGACCGACUUCAAUGCGGAGGCUGCCGCUGGCGGAGAUGCCGCGGCAACAGGGGCGUCAGGACCAGCAUCUGCAUCAGCAGCUUCAUCUGCACCUGGACCCACGCCCUCAUCUGCUCCUGCACCAGCUCCAGCACCAGCACCCCUGCCCAUUUCGAUCCCCAUUCCGGUGGCUGCUGUCGUCGAGCCGCAAAAGACGAAGUCCCUGGUGGAGGAGCAUCCGGAUCCCACCUACGAUGUGAUCGGAGGCACAGGUGGUGGCCACGAGUUCAUCGAGACGCCGAACGGCCUGGAGGAUGUGCGUCUGUCGGCCCACGGGAGUCGGAGGGCCUCCAUGAGCAGUGACAUGCGAAGCAGCAUCCACAUUGAUGCCGAGUUAAAUGGCAAGUAUGUGCCAAACGAACUGGAGGCCUUUGAGACGGAAAUCGAGAUCAAGUCCUCUUGCAUCAACGGAAAACGCAUGUCCGAGUACCGAUCAUGGCGUCAGGUGAAGCUGGAGAUCAAGGGAGAUCUGCUGCGUAUCUACUCAGGCCGACAUGCCAAAUCGGAGCACAAUGUGAUAGAACUUGAUAUUAGAAACUUUAAGUUCUUCGACGAGUCGAUGGAUAAGAAGAAAUACUUGAUCCGUAUGCAGUCGAAGCCAUCGCCCAGUGGAGCCCAUUUGGCCUCCUUGGGCAACGAGUUAAACCUGGACGAGGGUCACGACAAGCUGCUAACCUCGUCGGGCAGCAGCAGUGCGAAUGAGCCCGCUGCCAACGCAGCAUCGGCCCUGACCGCAUCCACCUCCUCGUCCACCUGCAGCAGCGGUCCUUACACGGAGAUCCUAUUCAAGACGAAGAGCAGCAACGAGAUGAAGCGUCUGUUUGGACUUCUGCAGUGGAAGGAUAGCCUCAACUACGAUGAUAAUGAGCACCAGCCACAGGGCAAGCAGUUGGCAGAACCACAGAAAACAGUGGCCAGCGCCAGUUAUCUGGACGACGUCCAAGGUGGAGCGAGUGCAGCCGACAGCUCACCCUUGAGCUCCCAUUCCGGUGGCAUUGCAGACGCUAGUGGCAGUCAUCAUGUUUCUGCGCUACCAGCAGCUGCGGCUAUUGUCGCCGCCACCAGCGACUCCAUUUCGCCGGUGAUGAAGGCAAGGAAGUCCUCUUCGCACAAGCAUAUACCUGAUAAGGAUUUGGGAUCGCCCAAAUCGAAGAACUGGAAGGAUUUGCUCUUCCGCCGUGGCGGCAGUGGCAGCGGAGGAGUGUCACACCACGACUUGGCUUCGCCAUCCGCCUGUGCAGCCAAGCAGAUUGGAUCUAUUGGCGUUCCACUGCGCAGCUGUCCCAUGUCGAAGGUCAAUGCAUAUGUGCCGCAUCUGGUAGAGGUGUGCACGAACAUUGUGGAGACAAAGGGUCUGGGAGUGGUGGGCAUCUAUCGCAUACCCGGCAACAAGGCGGCCAUAUCAGAGCUGUCCGAACUUGUUAACACCAAGGACUUUCAGUUCGAGAGCUGUGCCAGCGAUGACCGCUGGGAGGAUGUGAAUGUGGUGAGCAGCCUGCUCAAGUUGUUUAUACGCAGCUUGCCCGAUGCCUUAAUGCCGGCAAGUUACUAUAUCAACUUUAUUGAGGCGGACAAGAAGUUUGGCCUGGAGAGAAUUGUACUGUUGCGCGAGAUUGUGGAAUCGUUACCACGGCAUCCCUACGAAACGAUGAAGCACUUGAUUCGGCAUCUGUGCCGAGUUAGCGGCAAUUGCGAUGUGAACCGCAUGGAGCCCAAGAACCUGGCCAUCAUAUUUGGGCCAUCUAUAAUCAGGACGCCGAACGAUACUCUGGAAACGGCAGUCAAGGACAUGAAGCAUCAAUGCCGCAUCGUUGAGCUGCUGGUCACACAGUACGACUACUUCUUCGAAGGCGGCAGUCUGCCGGAUAUAGCCGAAGUAAGCGGCGGUACAGCUGCCGUAAGCGCCGCUCAGCCGCAGCAGCAGACGCAGGAGGAUCAGACGAGCAUGCUGCUGCACAACCUGUCGAAGAUCGAGCGGAUCACAGAGCGCGAAACCACGCGCACCUCGCGCUUUAUGCCGCAGCUCAGACGAAAGACCCAUGGCAAGCGCAGCGCCGUAAACUCGGACACGUACUCCGGCGAGAGCGUUCUGGUAAGCGGGAGCUCCUCCAACACCACCACCACCACCACCACCACCACCCACACCACAAGUAGCACAAGUAGUAGCAACACCAUCACCACAACCAUCAGCACCACCACCAUCCAGCAGCGACGGGCGCAGCGCAAGGCUGUGCAGAGCAUUUGCGACCAGGCUCUAAUCCUGCUCCUGCCCACACCCGUUUCUUCCGUCUCUCUUCCCUUUCAGUCGUUGGACUACGCCAAGGCGUCCGCCUCUGCCUCGGCAUCCGCAAGCAGCACCGCCAGUACUUCGAGCAGCUCGACGCUUCACAGCGGGGGCAAGGCAUCCGCCUCAUCCUCAUCCAGUUCCACUACCAAGUUCAGCUCAUCGUCAUCGUCGGCGUGCUCAACAACGGCGGUGGCUAUUUCUUCCUCCAUCUCGGCGACGUCCUCCAAAUUGUUAAGCGCCAAUUUUAAGAAGCGUAGCACAGGAGGUUUCUUGGGCUCAAGAUCCUCGCACCAGACGCGCAAGGCCAGCUUGGACGAAAAGGACUCAGGACAGUCGUCUGGCAGCCUUGGUCACAGCCUGGGAGUAGGCAUAAAUCUGGCCAAGGAACAACAGCGCAGCAGCGUGGACAUAUCCAUUCUGCUAACGGACGACGACUCUAGCAGCAGGCUAAGCGAUACGGGUUCCAUGUCGCUGACGACCAUUACGGAUACACUGGACAGCAAGCUACGCAACUUGCGCAGCGGCUCCGAAUCGAAUGAUGAGAAUGGAUCGCCCGAGUUUCCCAAGAACCGGCGGCACACCUUGGGCCAGCCUCUGCACAUGCACUCCGAGAACAUUCCGUAUGCGGACGAGUCGCCCGAGCGGCUGUUCCAUCAGUUUUGCAAUCCCCUGGAGACAGCCCCCUUAUCCCUGCAUCUAAGCCGCUCCUGCACGGCCACAAAUACAAUUGGUGGCGAUGAAAAGCCUUCGAAACAGUCGGGUGGAGUUGCACCACUGCCCCCAAGUUUGCUUAAGGCCGCACAUAAGCUACAGCACUCAGCCACGGUGCCCAUUCAUCAGGGAAGCUCCACUGCACCAACUAGCGGAGCAGCCACGCCAGUAGGCACGCCAACCGGAAGCGGUGGGGCCGGAGCUAUUCCCUCGCGCAGCUCAUCGAGCAGUGUCACGACGCUAACCAAAAGCAUACAACCCAGGUUCAGUAACUAUCUAAGCUACGAAAGAGGCAAUGCAGCCGCUGGAGGCGCCGAAAGGGUGGUGGGAUCCGCCGGAGGAGCUGCCUCCGACGACGAUUCCGAGGGCUCGACCACCAGUGAUCCCAAGGAGAAGCUGCUUCUCGGUGAACGACCGUCGCCUUCGUUUUUUAUCGAGCGCUACAACAAAAAGAGACGCGAUCAUCGGUUAUUUCGCAGCGCCAGUUUCAAUUGCCGGAACUACUCCACCAGGCACAUAACGGCGCAGACAUCCGGAGGAGUAGCGGCGGGAGUAUCGGGCGGAGUAGCUGGAGCGGUGGCGGUGGGGGUGGCUUGCUGCCAGGCAUUGAGCACCACUGGCUUGACCAAGGACGAGAAGACUGAUAUGAACCUGACCAAGAAGCGCCAGAUCCAGAACAAGCAGAAUCGGUCCAUUAAGCGGCGGCACACAGUAGGCGGACCUCACGACUAUUCCGCCAGCAAUGGUGGCUGCUCGAAUCACUCACACGGUCACGACCUGGCAGCCAUCAACUACAAUCACCACAAUCGCCAUCACCAGCAACAGUUGUUGAAACUGGGCAGCGCUACAUCUGGCGGUGGAGGCAGUGGCGCAGCCGCGGCCGAGACGACGACCACCACAACGACCACCACCACGGUGCUGCGGCGCCUCGGUACAGGUCAAGCUGGCGCCGAAGCUAGUGUGGCAUUGCCCGCAUCAAGUUCCGGAUCGAGCAGCAACAACAAUAACUCGCCCCAAAGCGAUGGCAGUAAUGGCAACGGCGGUGGAGUGGCGGGAGUUGCCUCCAAUGCACCACCAACUGGCGUAGGUGUCGGUGGCAACAACAGCAGCGGAAGCAGCAGCAACAGCAGCAGCACCAGCACAACUCCCGCUGGGAACGGCGAUCAGGUCCUGGAAGUGGGCAUACGUAUCAAGAACAUUAGCCGGGGUCGCUUCUAAAAACCUGUAUACCCAGACUAAGAAAACAGACGGUGGCAAUUUCACAUGGUGAAACACACAUGAAACACUCUGGGCGAACUCACAUUCUUAGCAAACAGUCUAUACAAAGCUAAAAGUGCUAAUAUGGCUAAAAGCAGGCAGUCUGCUUAUAUCGCGUUUUAAAGAACCUGACAAAAAACAUAGUUAAAAAUAGCUCCUAGUGCAGAUUGCUGCGACAAGACCAACCCGAAAUAGCAGUUGCUUAAAUGUGGUUAACCUGAUUAAUUGACACUUUGAAACCCACAGUUUACAAGAGUAUUAACGAAAGGUUUAAUAUAUAACCAAAAGGCAUAAUGAGAAGAUAUUUAACAAUAGUCUGUUAAACACACAAAAGCUAAACACACCUUUAAAAAAAAACAAAAAAAAACAAAGUUAAAUUGAAUGUUAACCCUGAACAAAGUUGCUAGAAAGGCAAAUCGUUGUAGCAAAGGCUAUGCGAACACCUCUAAGUAGUCUUGCUUCACAGACCCUUGCGUUUAAAACUAUGUUUUGCAUGUUAAACGAUGAAAACUAAAUUUAAAUUCAAAUAGGGCGUGGCAAAGCUACUUCAAUGGAGUGCAUUGUACCUUCUGCUACUUAGGAUCUGUAAAAAGUAGUCAUCAUAAUCUAUUUUACUAUAUAUACCUAUAUAUCAAUGUGCAGUUGCAGUGUUGUGUCCGAAUUGGGUCUUAAAAGUUAACCAGAAGGCGUGUAGAGAAGUGUUGAUUGCGAAACAAAUCAGCAGGGCAGUUGAAAUACAUAAUCUUACAUAUUCUAUCACAAUAUAUUUAUAUAUUCAUGCGCAGACCCCAGGAAGUUGUGUCGAAUACAAUAUAUUACAAAUAUAACCCAUUGAAACUCGACCCAGGAAAACUUAAACUAAUCAGUUAGCAAGGAUCCGAGAUCGAAUUGCUUAAUACCCUGUAAUGAGAAGGCACAACUUCGAGGGAAAACAAAUCGUAUUAAUGCAACGCAGGCAAAACAAUCUGUACGAGGUCAGGAAGUAAUUUAUUCGCACACACGAAGUACACAAAACACACAAAUUAAAUGGGAACCAAGCAAAGAUGGCAGAUAUAUUGCGAGAGACAGAGCAAGAUAUAUACACAUAACGAGUGACAAGGCGAGGGAGAUAGAAAGAGAAAGAGAGAACUAUUUUGUAAAACUUAUACAACACAUUACAGAGAAAUCGCAUAAGCAACCACCUACGGUAAAGGAACAAUUGAUGGAUAGUCGCCUGUCCGUGUCCGUGCACCAUUGAGUUGGAUGAGUCCUUUUGACAACCAAGUUGUGCUAGGUCCUGCAUAGGGAUCAGUUCUGUUCUUGAUUUAGAUGUGCAUUUGUUUUUCUUUUCUUCUUUGUACCUCUGUACCUGUUGUACAAAAAUUUUAGGGCUGAUGAUCCCCAUUUUGGUGCCUUAAAUUAUUGGCUUUAAAUUCUGUUAACCUUUUUUUCCACCCACAAAAUUGUUUUUUGAUGAACCAAUUUUUUUUUUUUUUUGUAUUAUUUAUUUGGAGAAUGGUGCUGGCGGAAAUGCAUGAUAUAGGUGCAGCUACAAAGCUAUGAAGUAGGGGAUACAUUUUCCCGAUUAUCCCGACAGGCGACUAGAAGAGGGAUGGCGUGUUCGAAAUUAGGUUUGAUUGAUAAAGCGACUAUAUGUUUACCAUGUGACGCACGAGAAACGGCAUAAAUUUACAUUUACAUAUAUAAUAUUAUAUAUUUUUGUGUAGUUUGUAUAUGAUUUAAGUUUGGAAAAUACAAGAACGCAUAAAAGUACAUGCAAAUGCAUAUGAUUAAGCGAUUAGAUAGUAGUUGUAUAGUAUUCCUCCCAUUUUUUUUGCUGUAUAUACGAGUUAAUUUUUUUGAUUUCAUUCACAAUUAUGAUUUACACCACCCCCAAAAAGGAUAUAUAUAUAUAAAGAUUAUAUAUUUUGUACGCAUUUUGUUUUGUUACCCGAUGGCAGAAAAUGAAAAAAAUCGAGAAGGCGGAAGUAAAGAAGUAUAUAGAAAGUACCCAAGCGCGUAACGUUGCUAUAUAAAUAUUAUGAUUAACUAAAAACAAUU